GGGGUUUUCCAUUUUUGAUCAUUCUUGAUUAUUUAUAUACCCUCUCUUCUUCCACUACCAUCACUUUCUACUUUUCAGGUUUCAUCAUGUGGGAUUCAGACGUAGGUGCAAGAAACUACGAUAAUCGAGUUCUUAGUGGCAGGCAUAGUGUCCAGACUGACAAGUUCGAACAAAGAGGUCAAUCUUGGUAUGCCAUCACUGAUAUUCCAAGCGAUUUGUUGAUUCAAAUUGGUGAAAUUAGCUUCCAUUUGCACAAGUGUCAGCUGCUUUCAAAAAGUGGAAGAAUGAAUAGGAUCAUACAUGAAUCAAGAGAAGUCGUCAUAAAGAAGGUGAUUCUAAAUGAGUUACCCGGUGGGAGAGAGGCUUUUGAGUUAGUAGCAAAGUUCUGCUAUGGAGCCGUCGUUAAACUAACGGCCACCAUCAUCACCGGCCUCCGGUGUGCUGCUGAAUACCUUGAGAUGACGGAGGAUCUAGAAGAAGGAAACCUGAUUUUAAAAACUGAAGCUUUUAUCAACUAUGUUGUGUUGUCUUCAUGGAAAGAUUCAAUCUCCGUGCUUAAAAGUUGUGAAGAAUUCUCUCCAUGGGCGGAAAACCUCCAGAUAGUAAGAAGGUGUAGCGAAUCGGUAGCUUGGAAAACCUCCUCCGACCCUAAAUACGUCCGGUGGCAGUACACCGGAAAACACAAUAACGAUUCGAGCCCAAGUCGGGACGAGGUUCUUUCUGAUUGGUGGUGUGAAGAUGUUUCGGUUCUUAGAAUCGAUCAUUUUGUUCGUGUGAUCACUGCGAUUAAAGUAAAAGGAAUGAAAUACGAAUUGGUUGGAACUGCGAUCAUGCAUUACGCCAUGAAAUGGCUUCCGGGGAUGAUCAAAGAGGGUUCAUCUGGUUCAGUCGAAGAAGGCACUGGUAGCAGCAAUGGCGUCGCAGCAGGUAACAGAGGCGGGCUGCAUAUGAUCAUAGCAAUGAACAAAGGCGAUCACUCAUCGAGCCCAGAAGGAAAACGUCAACGAACGAUCAUCGAGAGCCUGAUUAGCAUAAUCCCACCAGAAAACGAUAGCGUCUCGUGUAGCUUUCUUCUUCGUUUAUUAAGAAUCGCGACCAUGGUCAAUGUGGCACCGGCUUUGGUUACAGAACUGGAGAAACGAGUUGGGAUGCAGCUCGAAGAGGCUACAAUGGCGGAUCUUCUGAUUCCCUCGUAUAACAGAAGCGAGACUAUGUAUGAUGUCGAUCUUGUUCAGCGAAUCUUGGAGCAGUUUUUGAUUCAAGAACAGAUGGAAAUCUCGAACCCUGGAAGGGAACCGAUGAUAAGGAAAAGUAAUGACAUGAAUGCGAAGAUGAGAGUUGCUAAGCUUGUUGAUGCUUAUCUUUCGGAGGUUUCGAGGGAUAAAAACCUAUCGUUGACGAAGUUUCAUGUUCUGGCUGAGGCGUUGCCGGAAUCCGCUAGAAGUUGCGACGAUGGCAUAUAUCGUGCGAUUGAUCAGUAUCUGAAGGCUCAUCCCAUGCUUUCAGAACAUGAACGAAGGAGGCUAUGUCGAGCCAUGGAUUGUCAAAAGCUCUCAAAGGAUGCAUGCAUGCACGCUGCUCAAAACGAGAGGCUUCCCCUUCGAGUUGCAGUCCAAGUAAUAUUCUCGGAGCAGAUAAAGAUUAGCAACACAUUAGCAAAAGAUACAGGUGAACUACACUACCAAUCAAUCACUCAAAACCGAAAAACUUUACUUGAAGAAACACCACAGUCGUUUCGAGAUGGGUGGGCAAUGGCUAAGAAGGACAUUGACACACUCAAAUUCGAUCUAGAAACCGUGAAAACAAAGUAUGUAGAGCUUCAACAUGAGAUGGAGAGUCUACAAAGCAAAUAUGAUAAGGUAGCGAAGUUGAAACAACAAUCGACAUGGUCGAAUGGAUGGAAGAAGUUGAGCAAAAUUACCAAAAUUUCGACCUUUGAGAACAUGGGAAGUGGGUCUCAAAGUAACAGUGAACAACUUGUAAAGACACCAAGAAGACGAAGGUAUUCGAUUUCUUGAAGUUAGACACAAUCUCUUCUAUUGUGACCCAAGAAUCCUGUCACAAAUGUUUCGUUGAAAAUGAUUUUUAUAAUAUGUCUAAAGUUACUGAUCAUUUAUUUAUUUGCCAAGCAAAGCAACUUAUUACCAUCCACAAAUUGGGCAAUUGGAUGUGAUUGUAC